CACCAUCCUCUCCGCCCACUCACCGCCCUCGGCCACUGCGGCAGCGCUGCCCAGCUGGCGUCCCUGCGAGCCGCGAUGCAGCGCGCCGGCCCGUCGCGCGGCUUCUCGCUCUCGCACCAGAAGGUCGCGCUCGAGGUCGACUUUGGCGCCGCGGCCCUCGCCGGCUACACGGAGCUGACCAUUGUGCCGACGGACCGGGCGCUGCGUGUCGUGCACCUCAACUGCCGCCAGGCCUCGAUCCAGCGCAUCUACGUCGGCGGCACGCCGGCCGAGUACUCCUUCGUCGACCACCUCUCGGGCGUCUCGAUCUCCGACCCGGCAGAUGUGCAUCUCUACCCGGAGCUGAAGCGCAAGCUGUAUGCCGCGGCGUCGGACGGCGCCGGCGGCGAGCUCUCGGUGCUGCUGCCCAGCGAUGUCUCGCUCGAGGCUGCUGCGCCGGAUGCCGCGGCCCUGGAUGCGCCCACGCCCGGCGGCUCCGCGGCGCACGUCGAGUUCGCGCCGCUGGUCGUGCGCAUCGAGUACGUACUGCGCAACCCGGCUGAGGCCAUUCAGUUUGUGCUGCCGUCGCAGGAGCACCCGUAUCGCGUGCCGCACGCGUACACGGCGCCCUCGUGCCCAGACUGGGCGCGCUGCUGGGUGCCGUGCGUCGACAGCCUGUGGGAGCGCUGCACUUGGGAGCUGGAGUUUGUCGUGCCGCGGAGGUUCGGCGGCGCGGUGGAAGAGGACAGCUCAGAGGUGCUGGUCGCGUGCACUGGAGAUCUUGUCGAGCAGGUCGCACAUCCGUUCAACUCGUCCAAGACCAUCUUCUACUACUCGCAGUCGGUGCCGACGACGAUCCAGCACAUGGCGUUCGCCAUCGGGCCGUUUGAAAUGCACGACAUGCUCGCGGCGAGCGACAGCCGCGGCAGCGGCGUGGCCGGGCUCGGCGCCAAGACGUCUGCCACGGCAGCACACGCCGCACAGGACGGCGACGCUGGACAGCUGCAGCUGCUGGCGUUCUGCCUGCCCGGCCGGAUGGACGAGCUGCGCGCGUCCGUGGCGACUGUGCGUCUGGCCGUCGACUACUACUCGCGCGACUUUGGCUCCUACCCGUUCAGCUCGCUCAAGCUUGUCUUUGUCGACGAGCCGCCGGCAGACUGCCACGCGGCGUCCACGCUGUCGCUGCUGUCGUCCGACCUGCUGCACGCCGCCAACGUCAUCGAGCAGGCCCUCGAGACGCGCCUCGUGCUGCACCAGACAGUCGCGUUUCAGUGGUUCGGCAUCAACAUCAUCCAGCGCGCCUGGUCCGACACGUGGCUGGUCAACGGGCUGAGCCAGCACAUGGCGGCACUCUUCCUGCGCAAGCUCAUGGGGCAGAACGAGUACCGCUUCCGCCUGAAGAAGGACGUGGACCGCCUGUGUGCGUGGGACGUGGGCAUGCCGCCGAUGUACCAGCACGGCGUCGGCGAGCCACCCGACGAGGCGCUGCUGCCGUUCAUCAACCUCAAGGCUCCGCUCGUGCUCUACAUCCUCGACCGGCGGCUGUGCAAGGCGGGCGCGUCGCUCGGCCUGGGCCGCGUCGUGCCGCGCGUGCUGCUGCAGGCGCUGACCGGCGAGAUGGCCAACAACGCGCUCAGCACGCACAACUUUCUGCGCACCUGCCGCAAGGUCAGCAACGUCGACCUGCGCACGUUCACCGAGCAGUGGAUCUACGGCAGCGGCUGUCCGCGCUUCUUCGUCGACGCCGAGUUCAACCGCAAGAAGCUCAUCAUCGAGUUUCACAUCCGGCAGGAGUCGCCGGCCGCGAUCUUUGCCGCGAACCACCCCGAGGAGGCGGCGCACUCGAACCCCGUGGCCGUGUUCGAGGGGCAGAUGACGGCGCGCAUCCACGAGGCCGACGGCACGCCGUACGAGCACGUCUUUGACAUCAACUCGGUGUCCAAGAAGAUCGAAGUGCCCUUCAACACCAAGUACAAGCGCGUGCGCCGCAACACGAAGCGCUUCCAGGCGCGGCAGGCGGCGGCCGCCGCGGCCGCCGAGGGCGACCAAGACGCCGCAGAGGCGAUGACGAUGCUGGACCUCGGCUUCUCGUGCUCGAUGUGGGAGGACGAGGCACAGCGCGACAAGUGGCGCGUCGCCGACUGGACCGAGGAGGACGAGAAGAUCAUGUCGCAGGCGCCGCACGAGUGGAUCCGCAUGGACGCCGACUUUGAGUGGCUCUCGGCCGUGUACUUCCAGCAGCCCGACUUCAUGUGGGUCUCUCAGCUUGAGCGCGACCGCGACGUCGUGGCGCAGGUUGCGGCGAUCCAGGCGCUCGCGCAGCUGCCGAACCCCAUCUCGAGCUCGAUGCUCACGCGCACGGUGCUCGUGCCCAAGUACUUCUUCCGCGUGCGCAUCGAGGCGGCCAACGCGCUCGUGUCGUGCGCCGUGCCGGAGCACCAAUACCUCGGCCUCUUCCAUCUGCUCAUGCUCUUCCGCGCGCGCCACUGCCACGAGCCGCCUGCAGCGGUCACUGAGCGCCUGACCAGCCUGCUCGACGUGCCGUGCAUCCCGCGCGCCAACGACUUCAGCGACCUCGCCGACUAUUUCGUGCAGCGCGCCCUCGUCGCAGCCAUCAGCCGCGUGCGCAAUCCGCGCGGCCGCACGCUGCCGUCCGUCAAGCGCUUCCUCAUCAACGUGCUGCGCUACAACGACAACUCGACGAACAAGUUCGUCGACGACUUCUACGUCGCCGGCGCCAUCGAGGCGCUCGCGAGUGCAUUUGUGCCAGUCGAGUCGCACGUGCACGGCGGCUACGUGCCGGCCUCGGAGGACCCAGACGCCGCCGACGACGACGACCUGCUCUUCCAGGCGCGCUACGAGGUAGAGCGCUUCCGCGAGCUCGACAAGCUCGUGCCGUCGUACCACAACGUCAUCACCAUGGCGGCGCUCGACUUCAACACGUCGCUCACGCUGGCCAACCUACAGCCGGUCGACCUGCCACUGUACCUGUCGUACACGCGGCAGGGCAGCUUCGCGCCCGUCCGGUCGACGGCCUUCAACUGCCUGCUGCUGCUGCGCGGCCUGCAGCACAAGGUCAUUACGCGCUAUCUGUUCGCCGUGCUGCGCACCGACGAGAGCCGCCUCGUCAAGCGCGGGCUCGCGCGUGCCAUCUGCGAGGCGCUGGCUGUCGCCGUCUCGGCAGGAGACUUUGCCACGGCGAGCCUGCUUGAAGAGGGCGGUAUGGACGACCUCGACGGCGAGCAGGGCGACGGCGCAGUGGACUCGAAGCUCAAGCCGCUGCGCCGCGACUUGGGCCGCUCGGCCGGCGUGCGCGAAGGCUUCCUCUCUGCGCUGCUGGCGCCAGACGCGGACAUGUCUGCGCGCUGGGCACUGCUCAAGUUUGCCGACAUUCUCUUCAAGCCGAGCGUCGAGCACGAGGUGCCGUUCCAGCAGCAGAAGCUGUCGAUCCGCGUGCGCAUGCCGAGUCUCAGCGGCGCGCUGGCGGGCGAAGGCGCAGUGUCGACGCCCACGACCACGCGCAUCAAGCUCAAGAAUCUCGAUGCCGCGGCCAGCGAGGCGCCCAGUACGGCCGAGAUUGCGCCCGCAGACGACGUCGCCGUGCAGGCGAGCGGCCCGCGCGUGUCCUUCUCCACGGCAGCACAGGCCAAGCCGGCGCCCGCACCGAAGGCCAAGGCGCCGCGUCCGCGCAAGGCCAAGCCGCUCGACGUGGCGCAGACGUCUGGCAUGUCGCCGUCCGACCUGACGGUGUGCCGCAGUCUGCUCAAGGACCUCUUCGACGACCGGCGCAUGGGCAAGCACUCGAUGCUCUUCCGCCACCCAGUCGACCCGGUGCGCGACCACGCGCCAAACUACUUCAACGUCAUCGAGACGCCGAUCGACCUGUCGUCGAUCAAGAGCAAGCUCAACGAGGGCCUGUACAAGGACCGCUUCGAGUUCAAGAGCGACAUCGAGCUGAUGACGCAAAACGCCAAGACGUAUACGCCCGCCACGACAGCACGCGUGCACCGCGAUGCGCUGGCGCUCGAGGAUGCCUUUACCAAGCGCUGGGCCGGCAUCAGCAAGACGAUUGCGCAGACGGAGGCCAAGGCGCGUGCGGGCGCAGCGGCGGCCUCUGCUGCUGCGAGCGCCGCCGCAUCGGCCGACGAGGCUCAGGCGGCCGAGGAGCCAGCUCCGCCGGCGGUCCAGGCUGCGAAUGCUGCGCCGCACGAGCCGACUGCAGUCCAGGCAGAGCCAGACGCUGGGGCGCCCGCCGCGGCCGAGCCGCCAGCCGCGCCGAAGAUUAAGAUCGGACUGAAGCUGAAGCUCAAGCCCAAGCCUCGCGACGACCCACCUCCUGCUGCUUCGCCGCCGCCGCGCCGCGAGGUCACUCCGCCGCCGCGCGCAGCCUCGUCUGAGCCGUCGUCGCCCGAGGAGGCCCUGGCUGCCAGCGUUCCACGCGCCGCGUCGCCCGAGAAGCUCGAGGCCAAGCCGAAGAAGGCCGACAAGAAGCGUGUGGUGCUGGCGAAGCCCGUCAAGGCGGCCGCUGCGGCGUCGCCGGCGCCCGUCGACCCCUCGGCCGGUCCGUCGUUCAGCAGGCCAGCGCGCAGCCGCAAGGAGUGCGAGGCCGACCCCGUCGCCGCCGGCCGCGGCGAGCCGAUCCACUUCAAGCAGAGCAAGGCGCUGCUGGCGAACCUCAAGAAGAAGCCCGAGUCGGAAUUCUUCCGCUUCCCCGUCGACGCGGCCAUGCUGCCGGCGUACUACGAGGAGAUUGCCAAUCCGAUGGACCUGCAGACGAUGGAGAAGAAGCUCGUGGCGCACGAGUACACGGACAUGGCGCACUUCGCCGAGGACUUUCUGCUCAUUGUGCGCAACGCGCAUCAGUUCAACCCACCGGGCACGGCGCCGGCGGUGCAGGCCGACGCGCUCGAGCGCAUCUGGCGCAAGGAGUUUGGCGCGGCCAUGGUGCGCCGCCUCGACGACCAGGAGAAGUCGAAGCUGUCGGGCAUGCUCACGCGGCUGGGCAAGGUGCACGAGGCGCAGCUGUUCGCCAAGCCCGUCGACACGACGAUGCUGCCCAACUACUUUUCCAUCAUUCGCAAAGAGGACGCACGCGACCUCUCGCUCAUUGCCACGAAGCUCAAGGAGCUGAAUGCCUACGACAACCCCGACGCGCUGGCCGACGACGUGCGCCUGAUGCUGCAGAACUGCUACCGCUUCAACGACGGCAACGACGACGUGCUGGCGUGGGCGCGCGCGUUUGAGCAGGCGUUCGAGCGCGAGUACGCCGUCGUGCGCGAGGCCCUCAUGGGCGGCGCGCCGGCGCAGGGCACGAAGCGCAAGGCGGGCGCGGCGGCGGGCACGGGUGCGAGCAAGAAGAGCCGCGCGUGAGGCAAUCAACGAGUCACCGUAUGUGCAAAGACGGGCGAUUCCAGGGCCGGCGCAGGGUAGACUGGCGGCCACGGCAGAGCCCACACUGCGCGGCUACACGCCGGCGUCCUUGAGCGCGGCGGCGUAGUCGACCGUGUCGCCGGCGUGCGUGGCGACCUUGUGCCAGCGCACCUUGCCCGCCGCAUCCACGACGAAGCCGCCCGAGUUCUGCCAGCGCCAGCUGCCGGCGCCCGUGCGGCGGUUCUUGAUGCCCUGCGACGCCAGCGCGCGCAGCUCGCCGACCAUGGCCCACGAGAAGAGGCCGGUGAGCGGCAGCGCGCCGAGGCCCCACGCC